AUCUUAAGAAUAUCAUCUUCUACUCAUCAUAACUCACCGCACCAAUCAACAAAUCUUGAUAUAAAACACCAUGUCUCGCUACGCCGAAGCUCACGCAAACCCCCAGGGUCCCGGCGAUGCCCGCCCAACAGCACUGCAAAUUGUCAAAGAUGCUGAGAUGGAAGGCAAGCUCGUCGGAAAGUCAGCCGUAAUCACCGGUGUUUCAUCCGGCAUCGGCCUUGAAACGGUCCGAGCCAUCGCUGUAACCGGCGCAACCCUCUAUCUCACAGCCCGGGAUUUAACCAAAGCGAAAGCGGCUCUGGGCGACAUCUUCAAGCCAGAGCAGAUGGAACUUGUCCACAUGGACCAGUCCUCCCUGGAGAGUGUGCGCAACGCUGCGAAGACCAUCCUCUCCAAGGCCGACAAAGUCAUCCUCCUAAUCAACAACGCCGGGAUCAUGUCCGUCCCGGAGCUCCGCCUAUCGAAAGAUGGCUACGAGCUGCAGUUCGCAACAAACCACCUUUCCCAUUUCUUGCUCUUCAAUCUACUCAAACCUGCCAUGCUUGCCGCCACCACAGCUGAAUUCCAGUCUCGCGUCGUGAACGUAUCUUCCGAUUCACACAGACACGGCGGGAUCAACGCGUCGGAUAACUAUAGCUUCCAGAAAGGUGGAUACGAUCCAUGGAAAGCAUACUCCCAGUCAAAGACCGCGGGUAUUUACAUGGCCAAUGAGCUCGACCGUCGCUAUGGCUCUCGUGGUCUGCACGCGUACAGCGUUCACCCCGGGAUGAUCGCCACUAAUCUGGGGCACUACCUUAGUACGGAGCAGAUUGACCAGUUGCUCCAGAAUACGAAAUGGAAUUCUCUAUGGAAGAGCUUAGAGCAAGGUGCUGCGACAACGGUCUGGGCUGCGGUUGGAAGGGAGUUGGAAGGUACAGGCGGAAAAUUCCUUGCUGGGUGCGCUGAGGCUGUACAGGGCCCGGAAGGUACUGAGGAUUAUGUUGGGACAUUUGUCAAUCACACGUACAAGCCGGAGGACGAGACUCGGCUCUGGAAGGAUUCGUUGGAGAUGGUUGGAUUGGUGGAUGAUGAGUAA